AAAUAAUCAUCUUGAUUAAUUUUUCAUUAAGAAUAGAGCUAUGAAAUUUUGAAGUAAAAUCAUGUCAUAAUCCUCUGUUCUAACAAAAUUAUUUUGAGAAAUUCCUUGAUCCAUGCUCUCCUCCCCACGCACCAGGAAUGUGAGCAACCUGGGAUGCAAGAAGGACGUAAGUGAGGAGGUGGCACCUCUCGAGAGGAAGAAGAGGAGGGUGGCAGAGCCAGAAGCCAGAGGGGACGAGGUGGUGGAGUUCGUGCCCCGGCCUUCUCCUCCAGAAAUCAACCUUGAAGACAGGGAGAGGGAAGAGGUCGAGCACUUCCUCAACUCUACUCUUCUUGAGGUGGAUAGGAUGCAGGCGAAGGACGAGGUGGUUAGCCAUGUGGGGUAUACCGUUGUGAGGCACGCCCUAGAGAGUGCGAGCUGGACAAACGCGCUAGUGCAGGAGUAUGCAGAGAGCGUGAGAGAUCGUGCCAGCUUGCAGAGGCAGUGCGAGCAGCUGCAGAAGGAGAAGGAUGAGCUGCAGAAGGAGAAGGGGGAAUGGGAGAAGGAGAAGAGGGAGAUGCAGAGGAGGCUGGAUGAAGUUCUCCCUUCAGUGACCAAGCUCCAGAACGAGAAUGAUGUCCUGAGCACGAAGCUUGUCCUCGAAGAACGUAAGAGGAAGAUCUGUGAGGAGAAGCUCGAGACUCAAGACAAAUACAUUGACAACAUGAGGAAAGGAGCAGCGGAGCUGAAUAAGAACAUGAACCUGUUGGUUCACAACGGGAUGGAGGAGCACAUUGGCAACUUCCUCAACUCCAGCACCUUCGAGAACAUCCUCAAACUCUACCGACUGCCAACCGUAAUCGUGGCCUUCACCGACUGUAGAAAGAAGGUGAAGGCCCAGUACCCAGAGGUGGACAUGACAACAGUCACCUUUGGGGAACAAGAAGAAGGGGUGGAGGAAGAUGGGGAGAGCCUUUGUGCUAACUUUCGACCUCAGAUCACGUUGAGGUGGGAGCGUGAUGCAGAGGGGCUCACUAUUUUUCCUCCAGCCUUUGAGGCUGAGUUGGUGGCAGUGGGGGAGGAAGAAGAAGAAGAAGAAGCACAAGGCGCUGGGGUUGAGGAUCAGGCAGCUGUGGCCGAAGUGCAGCCUCCCGAGGUGCAUCCAGUCUCUUCUGAUGAAGUGCAGCAGUCGGCCCAUCCCGAAGCAGAAGUGCCGCCUCAGCCUGCUGAAGACAAGCCCAGAUCACCACCUCUUCCUACUGAGGAGCAGCCUCCUCCUCCAACAUAGUAGUUUAGGAUUUUUUGCGUUAUUGAUGUAAAUAACAUUUUUGUAUUUGAGAUUAACGUAUAAAAUUUUUGAAUUUAU